AUGUCCGAAGAGAUACCUAUAGGUCAGCAGCAGCAACAGCCAUACCAAUUCAAUACGCCCCCAUCCACUACUGAAGUAAGUGGUGGGGAAGCAUUCCAGCAACUAGUGCCUUCUUCCACCGGAGUGGUUGCGCCACCUCUUAAUACGAAUACUGGAGCUCCAGAAUCUUCAGAACAAGCCAGGCUCGAAGAGAUGGAAAAAGAAGCUGUAAAAUUGCGUGAACUCCACUCUUCAAUGCAAAUGGAUGAGGGCUCAGAUUCAUCUUCAAUUCAACAAUCAGAGGAAGAGAAGAGAGAGAAAGAUUCAAGGUCCAUCUAUGUGGGGAAUGUAGACUACAGUGUAACUCCACAGGAAUUGGCUACAUUAUUCUCAGUGAGUGGAGUUGUAAAUAAAGUUACUAUAUUGACCAAUAAGUUCACUGGUCAGCCAAAGGGAUUCGCAUACUUGGAGUUUGCUGAUGUAGAUGCUGUUAACAAGGCCGUAGCCACUCAAGAUGGUGCUACUUUGAGGGAAAGAGAAUUAAAGGUGAGCGCGAAGAGAACCAACAUACCUGGGUUGAGCACUACAAACAGAGGAGGUAGAGGAGGUAGAGGUGGCAGAGGUGCAUUCAGAGGUGGAAGAGGUGGCUUUUUCAGAGGUGGUAGAGGCGGUGGAUUUAGAGGUGGAAGAGGUGCAUUCAGAGGUGGUUCAAGAUUUGCACCAUACUGA